AUGGCGGUUUGCAAAGUUUGUAAAGGUACGGAGUUUGUUCGAGAUCAUUCGAAUGCUAAUAAUGAUUUAGUUUGUAAGAACUGUGGUGUUGUUUCUGAAGAUAAUCCUAUUGUGUCUGAAGUGACGUUUGGUGAGACAAGUGCGGGUGCCGCUGUCGUCCAAGGUUCGUUUAUUAGUGCUGGCCAAAGUCAUGCAUCUUUCUUAUCACAUGGUGGGUCCAGUGCAUUAGAAUCUCGUGAAGCUACUUUAAAUAACGCUAGAAGGAAAUUAAGAGCAGUAUCACAUGCGUUACGUAUCCCGGAAUAUAUCACUGAUGCAGCAUUUCAAUGGUAUAAAUUGGCUUUAGCUAAUAAUUUUGUUCAAGGGCGUCGAUCUCAAAAUGUAAUCGCCACAUGUUUAUAUGUUGCAUGUAGAAAGGAAAAGACGCACCAUAUGUUAAUUGACUUUUCAUCACGAUUACAAGUGAGUGUAUAUUCCAUUGGUGCUACAUUUUUAAAGAUGGUUAAAAAAUUACAUAUAACGAAAUUACCGCUGGCGGAUCCAUCUUUAUUUAUACAACAUUUUGCAGAAAAAUUGAAUCUUGGUGAUAAAAUGAUUAAAGUUGUAAAGGAUGCCGUUAAAUUAUCGCAAAGGAUGUCAGAUGAUUGGAUGUAUGAAGGGAGACGUCCUGCAGGUAUCGCAGGUGCAUGUGUAUUAUUAGCUUGCCGUAUGAAUAAUUUACGUCGUACACAUUCUGAAAUUGUUGCUGUAUCACAUGUAGCAGAAAAUACUAUACAACAAAGAUUAAAUGAAUUUAAAAAGAGUAAAGCAUCAAAGAUGUCUAUCAAGGAGUUCCGUGAAGAUGAUUCGAAGGAUUCCGAAUCACGUCCUCCAUCAUUUCAUAAGAAUCGUCAAAAUGAGAAGAGAAUAAAGACUCAAUUAGCUAAAGUUGAAGCUAAAGAGACAAGUGAAGAAGCAUUAAAUAGAAAUCCAAUUUUAUCACAAUUUAUGACGGCUCAGGAUUUAUCAUCAAAGGAAGUUUUAUUUUAUUUGAAACAAUUUACUAAGAAAAGAGAAAAUACAGUGAAACGAAUUAAAGCUACACAUGGUAUUGAUGAUGAAGAUAUGUUAGUACAGGAUGGAUUUACCAAAAAAGUCACACCAAUGGAAAAUCAUAGUAGUGAUGAAUCCUCGAAUGAAGAUGCUGAUAAUAUUUCUAGAUUAGAUCGUCGGUCACGUCGUAAGAGACGCAGAUUACACGAGGAUGAUAUCGAAGUGAAAGUAGAAGAAGAUGAAAACGAGGAGGAGGUAGAAGUAUCGGAGGUAGGUACACGUAAUUGGAGAACAAGAGGACAAAAAAAAUUAUUUGUUGCUCAAGAAGAAAUAAAUAAAGAAAGACGAGAACAAAUCGAAGAAGAUGAACUUGCUGUAGGCAGAAGUGGACAUUUUCAAGAUGAAAUCGAUGGUUAUUCAUUAGAGACAGAUCCUUAUCGUCCACGUAAUUUACAUUUAUUGCCUACAACACAAUCGAUGUUAGAAUCAAUUGCCGAUGAUCCUGAUAAUUUAGAAGAUGUAGAUGAUGAAGAGUUAGAUGCUGUGAUUCUUGAUGAAGAUGCUGUAAGACUUAAAGAACGCAUUUGGGUUGGUAUCAAUGAAGAAUACUUAUUAGAACAAGAAAACAAGAGAUUAAAAGAAGAAGCUGAUCAAUUGGCAGGGAAUACAAGUAAUAAGAAAAGACGUGCAGGUAAUGGUAAUAAUCGUGGACGUAAACGGAAUAAUGCACAAGAUUUACCUGUUGUUCAUACCGCAGUUGGUGUAAUGUCUCAAUUAGAAGAUAAAUCCGGAUUACAGGCUGCAUUACGUGCCGCUGAAGAAAGUGGUGAUUUAACCACAGCAGACAGUGUUAAAAAUAUGUUACAGAAGGCAAGUUUUUCACGUAAAAUUAAUUAUGAUGCAAUUGAUGGGUUAUUCAAUCAACCAAAAUCGAAAUAA